AUGACCACAACAGAACCACAGUUGUCGCCGCCGUUGCCACCACCACAACAACAACCAAUGCACUUACAACAUCAUCACAUGCAGCAACAGCAGCAACAACAACAACAACAUCAUCAACAAUAUAUGCAUCAACAACAAACAUUACCACCACCACCAAUACAACACCAACAAUAUAAUACGGCAGCAAUCACACAAAGUAGUCAAGCAGCAGCAGCAGCAGCAACAACACAAAUAUAUAAUCAACAAAAUCAUCGGCAGCAACAACCCAUACAACAGCAACAACAAACACGACAAUUACAACACCAACAAUAUCAACAACAGCAACAACAACAACAAUACCAACACUACCAACAACCACAAGCGCUGCGUCAGCAACAACCACAAACACAACCUAUUAAGCAAACUUCUCAUUUAUAUCCUACUGCAGAUUAUCACCAGCAGCAACAACAACAACACCAACUGCUACAGCAGCAACAGCAGGUGCCACAAUCUCAAUAUCAACAACCCAACAACAGUUAUAAUCAGCUACGUUCAAGCAUCUUGCAGAAUUCGCAUCAUCCAACCGGCGCACUUCAAGCUGUGAAUGAUGUUAAUACGCCCACCUAUGCCUAUGAUCAAUAUGACAACAACUACAUACGUGCCAGCAACAACAGCAGUAAUAGUGCAGUGAAUCCAGCUACCGUAUAUAAUAACAACAAUGGCGGCUUAAACUAUACUACACCACAAACACAAUUGAAUGCAACAUUAGCGCAUCACAGCAAUGGAGUUAUAAGCAACGGCACAACUAGCAGUAACGGCGUAACCGUUGUUAGCGGCAAUCCGAGCAACUCAAAUAUCGGCAAAAUUGCCGAUUAUGAUCCUUUGACCGAUGGUCCACGUCAAAUACCAAACACCGGUAGACAAAGUACCACACUUAUCUAUAGCUCAGAUAGCCGCGGUUCUGGUGAGUUUCAUCAUGUAAACAUGUAUAGAGGCAUGUGUGUAAAAAUUGUAAAAACAUUAUAUGUGUGUGUAUGUAUGUACUGUGUAUGUAUGCCCGGUGAUAGAUAA